AUGGGCGAUACAAGCAACGAAUCCGCACCAUCGGUCCUACCCAAUGGCUUUCCUCCCCGUUUGGAGGGUGCCAUGACAUGGGAAGGCAAGGACUUUGGAGCCAAUCCAGAGCUUUACGUCCUCCAGCUUAACAUAGACGAGAUAUCGCAGGUCGAUCAAGCAGUCCGUACAUUCAAAGAGACCGGCCUUGCACGAGGGCAUAUAUCGAAGAACACCUUCAAACUUCCACAAGCCCUCUCUGAGAAGCUUCAGAACAUUUCCAUCAAUGUAUACAACGGCACUGGGUUCACCGUUUUGCGUGGCAUUGAACCAGAGAGAUACACCGAAGAGGAAAACCUUCUCAUGUUCUUAGGUCUCUCAAGUCAUGUCGCACCAGAACGUACCAGCAAGCUGGACCAUAUAUACGACGUGACCAAAGCCAAAGGACUGCGCGGCAAUAUCUUACCGCCAGCACUUCCAGGCCCCCUAGGCUUUCAUUGCGACGUUGACGGUGGAGAUAUCGUUGCUAUGUUUGCCCAAAACGUUGCGGAAAGUGGAGGAAUGCAGCUAGUUACUAGCUUCUGGAAGAUGUACAACGAAUUGGCAUCCACUAGCCCCGAUGUCAUUCGUCAGUUGUCCGAUCCUCUUCCGUGGGAACAGAAAGAUGGCGAGACCGGCGAACCCUUCGUGGGAUACCGAUCCGUUAUCGCUUGUCCUGAAGGCAUGGCCCAGGUGGCUUUUGUGAGAAGCAUACUUCUGGGCUCUGACUUUGUGCCUCGAAGUUCUGAUACACCGCGGCUCUCGGAUGAGCAGAAGUCUGCAGUGGAUCUCAUGUGCGAGGCUGCUUCUCGCCAUGCCGUCAAGCUUGAGCAAAAACGGGGCGACAUCCUGUUCUUGAACAAUCUCGCUAUUCUGCAUGCGCGCGAAGCCUAUGAAGAUAGUGAGAGUAAAAGCCGUCACGUACUUCGACUUUACAUCCGAGACCCAGUUCAAACGUGGCCAACACUAGAGGCUCCUGCCGGUCGUGAAAAGAUCUGCGCUCGUUAUGGUGUUGAGCCAGAAGGACAGGUCUAUCUUACGCGGUCUGAACUGCAGAAGGAAGGGUUCUUUUCUCCUCAGUGUCAUCAUGACUGA